GGUAAUCAACAGCAAAACUUGGAACGAGAUUCAACUCACUUGGGCUACCAAUAUCCUCUUCCACUCUUAAAAAAACACCAUGAUAAGCCGCCAUAUGCACUCGUAAUCCAAAAACCGAGCAUAACGUUGUUGAACACUCCCAGCAGCCUAUACGGCUAUUCGGUACUCCGUUACCAGCGAAAACGCACAAGACCAAUAAGCCAUUAUCAAGGUCGUAUGGUGGUGAAUUAUCGUCGUCUUUUCGUAGAUCUGGACAACAGUUCAUCAAGUGGGCAUACAUCGCAUUAUCUCCUAAGCAGAGGCAUUGACACCUUCUGCACAUCAACACUUUCGAGUAGAGUCCGCUGGGAAUGUGAUUGUGUUUUUUUGAUAAAGGUUUUCCUCCGGCGAGCCUGCAGUACUUAG